UUACACCACCUUUAACCUGAGACAAACAAACAUCCUAAAACAUCAAGAUUCAAGACAGGGGAAAGUAAUAGUCAGGAAUAAGAAUGGAAGGUGAAGAAGAAAGUCAGGUGGAGAAGGAAGUAGAACAGGAGAACACCACCAGCCAUGGGCACAGCCACGGCCACCGUGAUAGAGACAAAAUGGACAAAAAAGAGAGAGCCAGGGAGCGAAGAGAAAAGAGACGCCAAGAGAUCUCUCUCCUCCGCACUAUUCCCUAUUCUGACCACCAAAAGUGGUGGUCUUCGGAAACUAUUGCCAUGGUGACAGGGGCAAACAGAGGGAUUGGUUUUGAAAUUGCACAUCAACUCGCAAUGCACGGGCUGACAAUAAUUUUGACAUCGAGAGAGACUGCAGUUGGUGAGGAAGCAGCCAAAGUUUUACAAGAAGGCGGUCUCAAUGUGGUUUUCCAUCAAUUAGAUAUUAUCGAUCCUGAAUCUAUCAAAGCAUGCGCUGACUGGCUGCAAGAGACUUAUGGUGGUUUAGAUAUUCUGGUUAAUAAUGCAGGGGCUAAUUUUAAUUAUGGAACAGACAAUUCUGUGGAACAUGCUGAGCAGAUUAUUCAGACUAAUUAUUAUGGAACCAAAAAUGUGACCGAAGCUAUGAUUCCAAUAAUGAGGCACUCUGAUGUUGGUGCACGUAUCGUUAAUGUGAGCUCAAAACUGGGAAAACUCCAUAGCAGGCGAAAUAAAAUUGAAGAUGUUGCACUAAGAGAACAACUAGAGAAUACUGAUACACUCACUGAGGAAUUCAUUGAUCAGACCGUGAACACGUUUGUUGAACAAGCUAAAGACGGGACUUGGCAAUCUGGUGGAUGGCCUCAGACUAAUACUGAAUACUCGGUAUCAAAACUUGCAAUAAAUUGUUACACCAGAGUAAUGGCGAAAAGACUCUCUGAGAGGCCUGAAGGACAGAAAAUAUACAUCAAUUGCUAUUGUCCAGGUUGGGUGAAGACAGCAAUGACUGGUUGGGCAGGAGGUAUAUCUCCCGAAGAGGGAGCUGAUACUGCAGUCUGGCUGGCACUGCUACCGGACCACCUUGUGAGUGGAAAGUUUUUCUUUGAAAGGCGCGAGACAAGUUUUUAAUCCAGUGUAAUUGAAGACUAAUGAUAAGGUACAUUGUUCGGUUUCAGUUAUUUUGACAAAGUCUGCUAACAGCUUAAAUAAAGUUCACUUUGUCCAGGAAAAUUGUCAUGUUAUGUCUGUAAACGACUACUUGAUACUUUCGCAUACAUAGGAAAAACAAACGCUUGUCUAUUGAAUCUCAUAUAUGGUGGAUACAUCAAAUACUGAGUGCGAGGCGAGGGAGAUGGAAAUGUAACCCAGAUUCUUAAUUUUGUGCAAAUCCUGUGAUAUUCAAUUCUAUUCUAUAUGAAAAUUCAUUAAUUAUAUUGC